UCGAAUCCUUCCCUCUCUUCUCUCUCUCCUCACUCAUAAAAACACACUCCCAAACCAACCUCUUCUCUUUUUGUCUCUCAUUUGUCUAUCUGUCACUGCCUCCAACACCAACUCCCUAAAGCAACCAAACUUUCCACCCUGACGGACUACUCAAGGAGACUUGUCAAAAAUAUAUUUUUCAUUUGACCGGCGGGCCAGCCUAUCUCCCGCCAAAAGCCCAUGACCCGACCUCGACCCCGAACCCCCGAAUCCGAAUCAGAAACCCGAAACCCCACCGGAGGAGGAGCCACCGCCAUGCGACUCAUAGUGCCUCUACAAGGCGUCGUUCAAGGCCGAGGCGGCCUAAUCUUGGGCUCUCUAAUCCCCUGUGCUCUCUUCUACUUCUUCCAGCUCUACCUCAAACGACACCGUUCUCCCAAACCCGGUUCCAACCCUACUUCCCCUUCUCAAUCCUCGUCUAACCUCUCCGACCUCCAGCGCUCCUCGUCUCGAUCCAAUUUGUCCACUCGGGGCUCCAUUGGACCCGUCCAGGUCUCCUCUCGGGCCAGCUCGAUUGCCAAACCGAACGACUCGCCGUAUUAUAUCGGGUUGGAUAGAGUCUCGGGGGAUCCGUACGACAGGUUGGAUAACCCGAAUGGAAUUAUCCAGCUCGGCUUGUCCGAAAACAGACUGUGUUUUGAUUUGAUUGAGAAAUGGCUUUCGGAGAAUACGAAGGACUCAGUAAUGGGAAGGGACGGUGCUGAUUUGAGUAUUAGUGGAAUCGCGCCGUACCAGCCGUCCGAUGGAUUGAUGGAGUUUAAAGUGGCUAUGGCAGGUUUCAUGUCUCAGGUCAUGGGAAGAGCUGUCUCAUUUGACCCAUCGCAGAUGGUGUUAACAGCUGGGGCAACUCCUGCUCUUGAAAUACUAUGUUUCUGCUUGGCUGACCCUGGGAAUGCAUUUCUUGUCCCCACGCCUUAUUAUCCUGGUUUUGACAGGGAUAUGAGAUGGCGAACUGGAGUGGAACUAAUACCAGUUCACUGUCGUAGCACUGACAACUUCAUUAUAAGUAUCACUGCUCUUGAUCAAGCAUUUAAUCAGACAAGAAAACGAGGAAUUAAAGUUCGCGGGAUUCUCAUCUCCAAUCCUUCAAAUCCUGUUGGCAAUUUGCUACCACGGGAAACCCUGUACAAUCUAUUGGACUUUGCUCGAGAGAAGAAUAUCCAUAUUGUCUCUGAUGAAAUAUUUGCAGGGUCUAUGUAUGGAAGCGAGGAGUUUGUGAGCAUGGCUGAAAUUCUUGACAUGGAAGAUAUUGACAAAAACAGAAUUCAUAUAGUAUAUGGUCUGUCGAAAGACCUCGCUCUUCCCGGAUUUAGAGUGGGGGUUAUCUAUUCCUUUAAUGAGAGUGUUUUAGUUGCUGCUAAAAAGUUAACAAGGUUUUCUUCCAUUUCUGCUCCAACCCAGCGGCUACUAAUUUCAAUGGUUUCAGAUACGAGAUUCAUUCAGGAAUACAUUGAGACCAACAAGAAGAGGAUACGGGAAAUGCAUGAUCUGUUUGUGGAAGGUUUAAAACAAUUAGGAAUCAAGUGUGCACAGAGUUGUGCUGGUUUAUACUGUUGGGCUGAUAUGAGUGGAUUAAUUAGCUCUUAUAGUGAGAAAGGGGAACUUGAAUUAUGGGACAAGCUGUUGAAUAUUGCUAAGAUCAAUGUAACUCCUGGGUCUGCUUGUCAUUGCAUAGAACCAGGAUGGUUCCGGUGUUGUUUUACUACUUUAUCCCAAGAGGAUGUUGUUAUAGUUAUAGAACGGAUCAGGAAAGUUGCUGAAACUUGUAAAAUUUCAAGUUAAAUUACUAUGAAUUAUUUAUAUUUGUGCUGA